AUGCUUGGGGUCUCGCUGAAGCGCCACAUGCCCGAUUACCCCAGGAUUGUUCUGGGGGUCAAGGGGAUGACCGACGCUAACCAGGCGGUUCUGCAGGAGGCAGGGUGGCACGUCGUUCUGGUUGCAGACUGGAGGUUCCCUGAUGUUCUCUGCAGCGCAGGCAACACAUCUUGUAUCGACUACUCAUUCAUAUUGCAGCAGCAGGAUUCGAUGGAAAGGCUCAAUGUUUUCAGGCUGCCAAUCGGCCGUGUUCUUUACAUGGAUGCAGACACGUAUGUAGCGAGUGGCGAGUUGAAUUCUUUGUUGAAUGGGACCGUCAAAGACCCCGUCCCAGAGGGGAACAUCGGUAUGGUCCCGAAUGCGUGCAACAGACUGAAAGUGCAUGGUGUCACCGCUCCUUACAGCGCUGGCGUCAUGCUGUUCAAGCCGAGUCUCGAGAAGUACCAGAGCAUGCUCGUCAAAGUUGCGGAGGUCAUGGUUGGCAAUGCGACGGAGAUGAACGACGAACAGAUCAUUAAUGACGUUUGGGAGAAGCAGGCAACAGCGCUGGACAAGAAAUACAACUGCAUGGACCCGUGGGACUUGCAGAAGGCGGACAAGUGCCAGACGCGAUGCACUGAAGUGGUGGUGUCCCACUUCUUCGGCGGUCCGAAGCCGGCCAUAGCGGACGAGAAGUUCUUAAGCUUUGUCCGCAAGCCUUCCGGUCCGUUCGAGCAAUGUUCCGCAAUGAACCACGGUUCGUGCAACGCCUGGCAGAAUUUCUAUUGUGACCUCGUGGAUAAUUUGGCGAUGUUGACGAGGCCCCUGCAGCAAAGCAUAAAACGCUUGGGUAGUUGUUGCCAUGCGCCAGCACUCGAAAGUGACCCUUCUGAUUGCCACUCGGAACAGGAAGAUUGCGCUGAAACGGUAAGUUUCAACAACAUUUACAAGCUGAAUCGCAGUGUGAACCUGGAGAAGCAAGCCCCAUGGUUCGGAAACUAUACUAAGGUCACUAAAGUGGUCAAGGGUAACAGCACUUUUGUUCCGGAUCCAUUAUUCCAUGGAGGGCGGCCCAUAUAUGCUGGCCCCAACGGGUAUCAUUUGUUCUACGCGUUGGAGUCGAAAUAUUGGAUGGUUGGAAAGAACGUUGCGGCGGCGCGUGCGAGAAGCGGCAAAGAGUUGGUUGGGAAUUGGUUGCCAGAGUCCUAUGCGUACGACUAUCAUAUGCAUACAAGGUGCCCCGAGUACACCAACAAUUGGAAGACCGUCAGGGCAGGCUUCGAAUAUUUGAGCUCGAAGGACAGCACGAUCCUUGUGACCAAUCCCAACGCCGAGGUCGAAAGUUGGGGGUCAGCGGCCUUGUACAAGAAACACAAGAAGUACGAGAUCUUGGAGCGCAAGCACAGGAGGGCCAGGAUGCGCAGGAUGGCCCAGAUGGAGGAUAGCGCCAGCACCACAGACGAGACGCCAUCCCAGACCACCAUCACUAGCGACGACACGGUCCCCACCACCGCAGGCGAGGCCCCAGAGUCUCCCUUGGAGCUGAAGGCGCCCACUGAGACGAAGCUUGACCCGAGUGAGGAGCACCUCCAGAAGUAG